AGGGACAGCGCUGUCAGACACUAAAGCUCCGGAGUCUUAAUCCAUCAGCAUUUCUUUCUUUUUAUUCGUUUAGUCGUUCAUCUUCUUCAUUAUGGGAAACUUUUUUGCCUCCAUCCUGUCCCGUCUGAUUGAGAAGAGGCCAGUCAGGUUACUGAUGGUUGGUCUGGAUGCAGCUGGAAAGACUACUGUGCUGUACAAACUCAAACUGGGGGAAGUCGUCACCACCAUUCCCACUCUUGGCUUUAACGUCGAGACGGUUGACUACAAGAACAUCUCCUUCACCGUGUGGGACGUUGGAGGGCAGGACGUCAUCAGACGACUCUGGAGACACUACUUUCAGAAUACUAUGGGCCUCAUCUUUGUGGUGGACAGCAGCGACCGUGAGCGCAUCCAGGAAGCCGCUUUGGAGCUGCAGAACAUGCUUGAGGACGAUGCACUGAGGGACGCCGCUGUGUUGGUUCUCGCUAACAAACAGGAUUUGCCCAACGCGAUGCCGGUCCACGAAUUGACCGAGAAACUAGGAAUGCGCAUGAUGAAAGGCAGACCUUGGUACGUCCAGUCGACUUGUGCAAUAAACGGAACAGGUUUAUGUGAGGGACUGGACUGGAUGACUGAUCAGAUCGCCAAAAGAUAAAACUGCAUCAAAAGGACACUAUAUUUUCCUAUGCAGGAGCACGUACUGUAUAAUUAAAGGGGAUUCACUGUAACAUGAGCACUUUAAAAGGUUUUGCUAUUUUUUGUAAAUAUUUGUCAGUUUACUUGUAUUUUUUGACAAUUGCUACUUCUGUGCCUUUAAAUUAAAUUAGACUUCAUUUUAUCCAAUAUACCUCUAUACUGUAUAUUAUGUAUCUAUGACUAAACUUAAUAAAACUUUUUUGUUAGUUUG